AUGAUCGGUAAACGAGUGUUUAUUGGUUGGCCCUUCCUCCGUGAGGGCCUAGUUGUCGCGGUGUCCGAUAGCCUGUUCAAGUACGAGAAGAUGACCGUGGUGCCUGGCGCCCCUAAGAAGGUCGUGUCCAACCCUCAUAGCCAGCAAGGCCUGUCUAUGUGGAGAGGCAAGGCCGACAGGAUUGAGCACUACUACUCGAAGCGAUGUGGUGUUAUCACGGGUGAUAUCGAGGUGCUCAUCCAUGUUCGCCCUUUGAAAGGUUAG